CUCUCUUUAUAACCCCUUAUGCUAAAGGUCCGUUGUGAGUUUGUGACAAGAACCAUUUCGUCUUCCGUAAACAACUCCUCAAAACGUCCACUAUUCUAAUCUCAACCCAAGGAAAGAAAGAAAAAAUCCAAAAUCUCUUUCGAUCUGAAUCAUCAUCGGUCAUCAAUGCAAAAGGCUAAACAACUGCAACGUAAAGCUCUUUGCAUGGAUACCUUUCAAACAAAUGAUCUGAUCUAUUCCUCUUUUUCAAUUGCAACCCAAACAAUAACACCCCUCCAAUGAAGAAAAUGGAUGAUGAUUUCGUGUUAUUAUUAUUAUUAUUAUCAUCAAUUCCAUUGUUUCUACUCUUUGUUUAAUUACUUAUUUAAACAUCUUCAUCAUUUGUUCAUACAUAAUAUUAUAAUAAACACAUUCAAUAUUAAACAUAUAACCUCAUCAAAUGCCUGUACGAGAUCCAAGAGCUGGACGAGCGUUCAUAUGCGUGAUCUCAUGGUUUCUGUUCCUCACCAUAGCCGGUGGCGGUGGCUGCCUCAUAAUGUACAUGAUCUUACCGGAGACAAACACCACUUCAUGGCUUCCAGUCGUGGGAAUCACAUUGGUUUGUCUCCCUUGGCUCUUUUGGCUCUCUACAUUCAUGUACAGAAUCCUAUCCCGGAUAUUCGGGUUCAGGAUCGGCAUCGGAGAAGACAACGACAACCACAACAACAUCAGCAACAACGACAACAACACGAACAAUGUGAUACCGGAGGAGGAGGAAGAGGCUGGGGUGGCGGCGGCGUCUUCCGAUCAUUCUGAGCAGAAAACAGAGUACUCUCCAGCUGAAAGACGGUUGCAAUUCGAAGCUACCUUGACGGUGCACGAUGAUGAUGAGAAUGAAAAUUAUAAGGAUGAUGGUGAUGGUAUUAUUAUUUUAGAUCAUAAGCAAAGAAGUAUUAAGCAGGCCAUCGUUUCCAAAUCUUCGUCUUCGUCGAGCAAUUCAAGCGUCUUGUCUCAUGAGAGUGAACUGCCUUUGGCAUCAUCAAGGGCCCCUUGAUGAUUAAAGUAAUAAAAUGAUUCUUUUUUUCUUUCAUUCUUUUUGGGUUGAUCAUAUAUAUUCAUUUAUAUGCAUAUUAUUAUAGAGACAUUGUUGUUAUUAGAGAUUUUUGUAUACCUAGGUAGCUUUAUAGAUCUUACGUAUAGUAUAUACAGUACAUACGUACACAAGUACUGUUAUAAUUUUUUAAAUUUUCUGGAAAUUUGGGUUCGUGCAUUGUACUUGUGCAUGUAUAUAUUAGAACAAUGUCGAUAGUUUCAAUGUAUUAUUUAUUAUGAUUGUUUGGGGUAUUCGCGGGCUGAAGGGAUCCCAGAAUAUCUGCUUCCAAAAGAAGACAAUUGAUUGUGAUUAUGGUUUUAUUGAUUGAA